CGACUUAUGGUAGAACGACAAAAUAAUUAAGCUCGCGCAACCGAUCAUGAGUCAUACGCCACCCGAAAACCCCUUUAUAGAAUAUCGCCAAAUAAUAGGCAAUUAAAGAAUUGAUUGAGCUUUCGAUUUCAUCGGGGCGAUGUUAUAGCGCAGGGGAAAUUAAGGGAGUGGCCUAAUUAUAUUCAUGGACAUGUCCAUUUAGGUAGAAACACGGCUUCCUCAUUAGGAGAUUCAUUUUUAAAACAAUGUAAAUUAAACCAAUAUCAACAUUCUAAUUUAGUAAAUCAAGUCUUUUGUAAAAGGGCUUAAACCCAUGACUUUCAGUUUAGAAUCGAACUCACGCAACUACGCGGACAGCCAGAAAAAACCACAGAGGUCAGCAUAAAAAAGUUCAUGAGGUUCAUCGAUGCUCGGCAUCAAAACUGACCAUUUUUAGUAGAACAAAGUUUGGAAAAUUUACUAUAUAAGUAGAAAUAAUUCUCGAGGAAAAUUAGUUAGUUCCAGUAGCAGCUCAAGCCCAGACCAGCCAGGCCCACCAGCACCCACCAGCAGCCAUCAGCAGCCAUCAGCAGCCAUUAGCAGUCUUCAGAAGUCCACCCCGGGACUUAGCCGAGAAGCCAGCCGAGAAGUCCACCCCGGGACUUAGCCGAGAAGACAGCCGAGAAGUCCACCCCGGGACUUAGCCGAGAAGACAGCCGAGAAGUCCACCCCGGGACUUAGCCGAGAAGCCAGCCGAGAAGUCCACCCCGGGACUUAGCCGAGAAGCCAGCCGAGAAGUCCACCCCGGGACUUAGCCGAGAAGACAGCCGAGAAGUCCACCCCGGGACUUAGCCGAGAAGCCAGCCGAGAAGUCCACCCGGGACUUAGCUGCUGGAGAAGUCGGCCUCGACUUAGCUGUUUGCUGUGUGAGAAGUCCACCCGGGACUUAGCUGCUGGAGAAGUCGGCCUCGACUUAGCUGUUUGCUGUGUGAGAAGUCCACCCGGGACUUAGCUGCUGGAGAAGUCGGCCUCGACUUAGCUGUUUGCUGUUUGAGAAGUCCACCCGGGACUCAGCUGUUUGCGGUUUGAGAAGUCCACCCGGGACUUGGCCGUUGGAGCACAGCAGAGUCAACACAUUACUUGGAGUCUGGAUUCAACACUGGUCUGAGGCGGAGAAGCUGAAGAGAAACAUCCCAUCGAAGGAAGUGGACAACUUAAUUGUCAAUAAAACGUGUAAAAAAGACGAGAGUGACCAGUGCCUAAGAUUAGUGAAGUAUCACAAUUCCGCAACCGCUCGGCUGGGCGGUGCAGUUGGUGACAAGCGGAAAAAGUCCGGACGAGGACUAGGAACGCCAGGACGAGACAACAAAUGAUUCGACAACUAAUUUUCGGGAUAAUUAUUUGGUCGGUAACCAUAGUUACGACUUUAAAUCAUCCUUCGCUAAGUUUUCAAAAAUUACCAAAAAUUUGGAUUGCUCAAGGUAAUUAUGAUUUUGAAAUAAAAUUAAGCUUAUCAUCAAUUAAAGAAGAACUAGACUUUUUGGAAACAACAGUACAAAAAUACAAUAACACUUGUACGGAAGUUUCAAAAUAUACUACAAAAUUAAAAUGUUUCGAAGUAACAAGAAACCAAAUGGACUCAUUUACAAAAUUAAAUAGUAUGCAUAAUCUCAUUAAAUCAUUUUUUGUAAAAACCGUAGAAAAAAGAUCGUGGAGAUUUUGGACAUGGAUGACAGACGACGACAGAACAAGAGUAGAUUUAAAUACAGAUAAAUUGAGACAGAAUGACGAAAAAUUAAAAUAUGAUAUCGAACACCAAUCGAUUGCCCUCGAUAGAAUGUACGAUUUUAUUAAUAUAACUUCCAUACAAGCGGAUAACGUGUCACAACAAAUAAUGCAGAAUUUUGAAAACUUGAGACAAGAAAUCAAAAAUAAUCUAAAAUUCACUUUUGAUGUGAAGAAAGUACUAUAUCUUCAAUCGAUUUUACUGGAAAUUGUUUAUUGGAUGGAGGAACUGAUAAGUUCAAUCAAAAAUAAACAAAACAUUUUUAUCAAUACCCUAUUUUAUGAAAAACUCAACGCCCAACACUUAAUCCAGUUAUUAGGCGAAACAUUCUUUGAAACAGAACUAUAUAGAAUCAAAGAUAGUCUCCCAAAAUAUUUAACAUUUCCAACAUUAGAAAAUAAUAAAAUAGACCCAAUGAUUUGGAAAGCUAUUACUUUAUAUUAUGAAAUCAAUAAUAAUAAAGAAUUGCUCAUAUUUGUUAAAAUACCAUUGAUUCAAGAUAAGACAUUUUAUGCAAUUAAAGCUAUUUCCAACCCGGGAUUUAAUAAUACAAUCGUUUCUAUCAUAGAUUUAGAAAACGAUAUAAUAAUCAUCCAAAAUAAUUCAAAUUGGGGAUAUAUAACUAAAUCAUUAUCGGUAGACAGUUGUACACAGUUAUAUAAUUCAAAACUGUGUUACACAAAUGACAUAUUAAAAAAUUUAAGCAACAGUAACAAUUGCUUGGCUGAAGCAAUGUUACAACAAUCAUACAAUAACUGUAAAGUAAGGCAUGUAAAAUUAAAUGAGGAAUUAUGGUUUGCAACUACAAAUAGAAAUAUUUGGAGAUAUGUUACACUUGGGACGUCUAAAAUACGAAUUAUCAACCAUACGGAGAUUAUGGAAAAAAAUAUAACAGAGUCAGGAUUAAUAGAAGUGGGACCAAAUAUGAUAAUCGAAACUUUUAAUAUCAGAAUUGAAUAUUAUUUCGAAAUGAAUUUACCACUAAAAAUUAGUGAAGAGAUGGACAAGAUAAUUGUGGAUAAAAUUGAAAUUGAAGACUGGAUGAUUGAGUACAUCCCUAUAUUCAAUUCAACGACGAAAAAGAUCGAUAUCAUCGAUCACAAAAAACUAUACGACAUUGGUAUCGACUUAACCACAAUAAAGAAACACAAAACGGUUCUAGAAAAUUUAGAAUAUGCACCAUACAAUUAUCCAUGGUGGUUCUUAUCAGGAUCAAUAUUAAUUCCACUUACGGUAAUUUUUAUGUUCAUAGCAUGUUUUAGAGGGAAAGUUUCAUGCUUUACAAAAAGAAUAAUUUACAAACCCAAUUUAAACAAAGAUUUUAGUGCAGAUGAGUUCGCAAAGAAAAGAAAAUAUAUAAAUACAAGCUUCAUAAAAAGUAAAAAGAAUAAAAAUCUUCACAAAAUGCAAGAAAACGAAACAACAGGGCAGGAAAUAAAAGAAUUUCCAAAAAUAUCAAUCAUUGAUGAAAAAUCUAUAAGCUCGAAAAAAAUUGGACCCUCUACAAGAACCACAUUGAAAACUCAUAGAGUAUUCUUUUAAAUGAAUGUUGAAGACGAAUGCAUGAAAAAAAAGGGAUGCGCAGCCCGGAGUGUAUGAGAUAUUGUAUGACAUGGGAUGUUUUUUAAUUUUUACAAAGAUAUGAACUAAUAUGAUUUUAUCCAACAGAUUUCGAAGAGCAUUUCUUUCAAGCCCGCCGACAACCAACCUUUCGAAUGGAGGGGAAGACUCCGAACCACGUGGGGGUGAACAGCCGUAAGACGCGUGGAUCAUCAAAGGUUAAAAGUAUGAAAAAAAAAAAAUAAAAAAGGGGUAAAACCUCAAAAGUAAAGGUCAAAAAAAAAUGAUGCGAAAUUAAAUUGGCAGAAUAUGCGAGGGUUAAAAGCCGUAAAACGUGUAAAAAAGAGUAAGACCAAGAUAAAAGUGUGAAACACAAUUUUCAAAAUUAAAACUAAAAAGACAUUGUAAAAUUUUGGCAAAGUAAAAAAAAAAAAAAAAAAAAAAUAAUAAUAAUAAAAUAAACAAAUUUUGUAAGGCAAUCAAA